CCCUCAGGUGUCCCAGGUUAGCUAACGAGCACCUGCAGACAGCAGACAGGUGACUCAUGACAGGGGUCGUCUUUCAGGUCGUGUUCUUCAGGUGGAAGUUUGAAUUACUGGUGAAACUCUGUAAAUAGAAACACUUUAAAAGGUUUCGAUCAUCAGCAGCAGUUGUCGGGCCUCCGGAGAACCCAGGUUUUACCAAACAUCUUGUCCAUGUAUGGGGAACUUUGUGAGGCCUGGGGGGUCCCGUUUAGAUCCCGGCUCGUCCCCGAAGACCCAGCUUCAUUAAAACCAUCAUCACUGUGCUCUCUGCAUCCCGGACAGCUGCUGUAUUUAAACUCUCUGCCCCCCAAAUCAUCAGAAACACUCAGUGCAGCAGCAGCAGCGAGGAGGACGAGGAGAGAUGGCGAGCAGGAAGACAAAGAAGAAGGAGGGAGGCGCCAAAAGAGCUCAGAGAGCCUCGUCCAAUGUUUUCUCCAUGUUUGAACAGACUCAGAUUCAGGAGUUCAAAGAGGCUUUCACGCUAAUCGACCAGAACCGGGACGGAUUCAUCGAUAAAGAAGAUCUGAAGGACACCUACGCGUCGUUGGGUAAACUCAACGUGAAGGACAAUGAACUGGAGGACAUGCUGAAAGAAGCCACCGGCCCCAUCAACUUCACCAUGUUCCUCAACCUGUUUGGAGGAAAGCUGCACGGCACAGACCCCGAAGAUACCAUCAUAAACGCUUUCAAGAUGUUCGAUCCUGACUCGAAGGGCUUCAUACACAAAGACGAAUUACAGAAAUUACUGAUGACACAAGCAGACAAGUUUACAUCCGAGGAGGUGAAGCAGAUGUUCCAGUCAUCGAACAUCGAUCCUGCAGGAAACCUGGAUUAUAAAUCUCUGUGUUACAUUAUCACACACGGGGAGGAACAGGAGGAAUAAAUGUGUCUGUAGUCGUCAGUGUGCUGGUUGAAUCAAACCUCAACGUCGUCUCUCUUUGGAUUCAAAUAAAACUGGAAAAACUGCA